GAUUGACAUACAGAGAGAGACAUCCGCUCUCAGCUUUAGGUUGCAUAUCAACAAUGGAAUCAAAAGAACAUUUGAACUUGAUGAUACUUGGGGAGGAAGGAGCUGAAAAGAGCACAGCAGCAGACACAAUACUGGGAACACAAGCUUUCACAUUAAAGGCAGGUUCCAGCUCUGUGACAGAAGAUAUUGCUAUUAAAUCUGGUAAUGUUUGUGGAGUUCUAGUCACUGUUUACGACACAUCAGGACUGUUUGACAGAGACAUGAGCGAAGAAGAGAUUCAGAAAUUUAAACGUUUUCUUCAGAAAUCUGAUUUAGAUCUCUCUGCAUUUUUGCUGGUCAUCAAAACUGACAGAUUCACUGAAAAAAAAAGGAAAACUGUGGAGAAGAUUGAGAAGCUGCUGGGAGAAAAAUACUUGAAAAAGACCUGGAUUCUCUUCAGUGGAGGAGACAAACUGGAGGAUGAAAACAAGACAAUAAAAGAAUUCAUCAAUGAGACUGAAGCACUGAAGAAACUUGUUGAGAAAUAUGAUCAGAAAUACUAUAUGUUCAACAAGAGAGGGCCUAGUGACCAAGCUAGAUUACUGCUGGUAAGAAUUCUCCAGAGAAAUUUUGAGGAUGGAACAAGGCUGUUCAGACGAAUUAGUUUCAUCAGUCCAAACAUUCAUGAUGAACCAGACACUCCUGCUUCCAGUCCGUCAUCUAGAAGGAUUGUUCUUUUGGGUAAAACUGGUGUUGGGAAAAGUGCAUCUGGAAACACAAUACUGGGACAGACAGUGUGUAAAUCUGUGAUGAGAAUGGAUUCAGUAACAACUGAAUGUUCAGAUGUUCACGCCACUGUUUCAGGCAGAUUUGUGACUGUAGUUGAUACUCCUGGAUUCUUUGACACAAACAUGAACGCUAACCAGUUAAUGACAGAGAUAGCAAGAUGUGUUUAUUUAUCCAGUCCUGGACCUCAUGCUUUUCUCAUUGUGUUUCCUGUGAAUAUGAGAUUCACUGAACAUGAGCAGCAGAUUUUUCAGCAAAUUGAGAUGAUAUUUGGUCAAAAGGUGUUAAAAUAUGGCAUUGUUCUCUUCACUUAUAAAGAUCUACUGAAACAAGAAACCAUAGAAAAGUUGAUUAAGGACAGCAGUAGAUUAAGAAAUCUAGUUGAUCAGUGUGGAGGCAGAUUCCACAUCUUCAAUAAUGAAGAUCAGAAUAACCGUGAGCAGGUGAAUGAUCUACUGCAGAAGAUUGACACAAUGAUAGAGCAGAAUGGAGGAGGAUAUUACAGUAAUCGAAUGUAUGAAGAUGCUCACAGAUUCAGACAAGCGGAAGAAAAGAGAAAACAUCAAGAGGAGAAACAAAGACAAGGCGAGAUUGAGAGAAUGAGAAACGAGACAGAGAAGAGAAUCAGAGCAGAGAUGGAAGCUACACAUAAAUCUGAGCUAGAAAAACUUAAGGCAGCGAGACACAAAGAGGAAGAGGAGAGAAAACAACAAGAAUUUAAACAGUUUUAUGAGAAGUAUAAAUCUAAGUUUUCCUAUUCAGCUUUUGUACUUAAAGGCCUUCCUGGCAUUGGAGCAAUAAUUGGUGGUGGUAUUGGUGCAGCUGUUGGAAUUAUUGGUGGCCCUGCUGGUAUAGCUGCUGGUGGAGCUUUUGGUGUUGCUGUUGGUACAGCUCUUGGUGCAAUUAUUAUGGAAAAUAAAUCCACUGAAAACCAGAAAAAGUACUAUUAAUUUUCUGCCAACCCUGCUGAAAAAAACAGCAUAUGCUGGUUAGGUAUGUUUUGAAUCAUGGUAGCUGGUUUAAGCCGGUCUUAAGAUGGUCCUGAGUAAGACCUAGGGAGGGCAUUAUCUGUUUUCUGUAAUUCUAAAACACAACACAAUGCAAAAUUAAAAAGAAAAAAAGAAAGAACAGGCAAGUGCCUGUGUAAAAUAAGUAAAGAAAGUUAAUUUACAUUAUCAGAACAUUUUAUAGACUUUUCUUUGUGUAGAGACAUUUUAGCUAGUAAUGUGUGCAAAUUCACAUGGCCAACUGGCCACUGCACUAGACAAAACCAGAGUCUGAAAAAAACAGAUCAAGUGUCCAGAUCAAGGAGUAAAAUCACCUUGUUUAUUGAGUGAUUUAAGACCUAUUCUCUCUCUCUUACACACACACACACAAACAAUAAAAUGAAUAUAUUUUUAAAGAUUUUAAGAAAAUGCAGGAUUAUGGGAAAUUAUGAUUUAUAAUGUACUAAUAAGCAAUAUGAUUUCAGUAUUAUUUUUUAUUUUGUUGUAUUAUUCAUACAUUGUGUAGUUUCUUUUUGCUGCUCCACACACUUGAGGAUAUACAGUUCCAUUCAGUUUCUCAGACAAGUGUGAACUGAGAAUUGUGAAUACUCCUCUAUUAUUAGAGUAUUUAAAAAAGGUCAUUAAAUUUAACAAUUGUGAAAUGUCUCACAUGUACAGUUAUUUACUUUUUUCAGUAUGGUUUAUAAUGUUUUAUAGAUUUUGUCUGAACAGUUUAAUCCAGUCAGAGAAAAAUAUACAAAGUGGCAUGUAACAUUAGAAGCAAUUAAACUAGUCAUCUGCAUUGAUUUCACUUGUGCUCUUUUUAUCUUGUGAUGCAUUAAAACAGGGUCUUUAUGAGUUUUUGACAUUUAUUUAAUAAUGUACUGCAUGCAACAGAUGAAAUAAACAUGUAUGUGGACUGAUAAUUAGACCUGUCAAACAUACUUAAA